UAGGCAGUUGUGUCAAGUCCUGAGUGGAGCUCAUGAAGUUACCAUAAACACUGCCAAGGGUAUGAUAAUUUAUGUUUAGAUUUACAUUCACUGUCAGCGAUGGGACUUUGGCAUUGCAUUUGCCACUCGUAAUGUGAAACAACGCCACUGGUCGUUAAAAAGGCGAAGACAACAAGAAAGAAGUGAUUACGAAUGACAUUAACUUGUGCUGUGUGGCAUGGGUGUCAGCCAUGUGGCUCUCAGCAGUUCACGUACGACUCCUGUUCUGUAAGACGGGUAUCCUAUAACCCUACACCAAUAGACAAUACAUCGUACAAAUACAUCUAUAAUCCUAAGAAUGUAUUCCUCCAAAGUGCCAGUGUAAUUCGUGAAGCUAAUAAUGCCCUUCUCUAUGGUGGAAUGAAAUGACUAUUGAAGGUAGUACAUCCAAGACGUGACUGUGACAGAUAAAGUAGCGAAGUGCAUAGUUAGCAAACGCUUAUGUUUGUGUCCUGCUAGAGGUAAAGCGAAAUGUGUAAUGUGAUAAAUUGAAUGGGACCAAAAAUGGCGGCAUACCAAGAAAAAGACAGGGAGCAAUGGUGCCGAGAGAAGGUAGACAUCAUUUGCUCGGCCCUGCAGUGGCUGAAUAGAAAAACCGUGGAGGAGUAUGUUGAAAAUUGCAAGGAUGAGAAUGAAGUAGAAGUUUUAUUUUCAAUGUUGAGCGAAGGCUUAAACAAUAUUGAAAAACAACCCCACCAAGCUAAUAAUGUACACAGUAUUGCCUCGCCACAGUCAGAGCAAGGUGCAACCUCAAAAAAGACUGAAACAAAGGCUCAAGAGUUUGUGAAUGUAAUUACUGGUGACGAGAUUGAUGUUGCAAUGUUAAAAUUAAUCGACAUGUUUCCUGAAGUUGACCCCGAAUACAUACGGAUGAGGUGCACGGAGACGCAGGGGGACUCCGACCUCCUUCUGUCGGAGUUGCUUGAUCACAAGGGCAGUGACGUGGACGCUCCCCAACAGCUAUUCCAGGGAAUGACCUUGGACGAAUACCAGGCCAACAUUGCUGCUUUUGAGGAUUCACGGACCUACGAGUGUGGGAUCUGCUGCUCAGACAACUUGAGUAGAAACAGCAUGGGCUCGUGCCAGCGCUCGCAAGGACACCUAUUCUGCCUUGACUGCAUCAAGAGGUACGUUGGCGAGGAGAUAGGGCAAGGUCGAGUGAGGUUCCGGUGCCUGACCGCAGAUUGUGGCGCAGAGAUUUUGGAAGAGAAUUUGUGGAUGGUGACACCGAAGGCCGUUUACGCAAGUCUGCUGGAGAAGAGACAACUGGAGGAGGUGCUGACGGCGAAGAUCGAGGGCCUUGAGGCGUGUCCUUUUUGCGACUUCAUGGCUGUUCUUGAUAAAGGAAACACCCUCUUUACGUGUAUGAAAUGUAAAAAGGACUCGUGCAGGUUAUGCAAGGAGCCAAAUCACCUUCCAGAAGAGUGUGCAGACAUCAGGGAGAAAAAGCAAAACGAGGCACGAACUCACUUAGAAAAUGAGAUGGCUGAAGCUAUAAUCAGAGAAUGCAGCAACUGCAAAAAACGGUUUAUCAAAUCAGACGGGUGUAACAAAAUGACCUGCCCCUGCGGGACUAUUAUGUGUUACAUAUGCAGGAAGCCUGUCGCGAACUAUGAUCACUUUAAUUACGACCCUGAUGUGGACGAUGACCCCAACAAGUGUCCACUGUGGAAAGACUCAGAUGCCAUCCAUAAAACUGAAGUCCGUAAGGCAGUGAAAAGGACAAUGAAAGAAAAUCAUCUAAAUGACCCUACGGCGGGCAUCCUCUGAUCUGACCCACUAUGGAUUUACCCUGUGUCAUGACCUUCCAGUUUCUGUGCAGAAUUCAGGUUUACUGUAAGGCCUUAAUUUGACAGUUUAGGUGUUACAUACCUUCUUUGGCAUUUUCAAACUGUAUUUUAUGUAACCCUACAAUACUCAGUAAUUUGUAUGAUAAUUGUUAUUACAAUGUAUAUAAAUGUGUGUGUGUGUGUGUGUGUGUGUGUGUGUGUGUGUGUGUGUGUGUGUGUGUGUGUGUGUGUGUGUGUGUGUGUGUGUGU